AUGAGUGGUUCUGAUGAGCAAAUAGAUGUAGACAUGAAUGGUUUGGACGAUCACUCCGAUAGGAAUGAGUCCACUAAUCAUUGCCAUACCAGUGAUAAUAUUAGUAGUAGUGGUAGUAGUAGUGGAACCGGUAGUAGAAGACCCUCGUUGUCCUCCACACAGUCAGAUGAGUCGGACAAUCAAAGACAUGAAAGCAGUCCUACAUCUGGAGUGUCAUCGGGUGAAGGUUCAGACGCGGAACUAAUGGUUGAUAAUAUGAUUGAUUCCUCAGAUUUGCAUUCGUCAGGCGAUACGAACCGAUUUAGGGCCGAAUUUGAGCUGAAGUACGGCUCAACACAUCCCGACUUCUUUGUGGGCACAUAUAAUCAAGCGGUGGAUGCGGCCAAACGUGAGCUCAGGUUUCUAUUGGUUUAUCUGCACUGCGAGUCACACGAAGACACGGACCAGUUCUGUCGUUCAGUGAUAAUAAGCCAACGAUUCAUCGAUUUUCUCACUCAACACAACGUGAUCUUCUGGGCCUCAUCUGUCAACUACACCGAAGGCUAUUCAGUGUCCCAACAGCUCCGAGAGAGCACUUAUCCGUUUGUGGCGCUCAUUGCCCUCAAGAAUAACCGAAUGACUGUCGUUCGCAAAUUGGAGGCAAUCACUCAUUUGGAACCACUUCUGGCACAACUCAACGCCAGUGUUGAACACAACCGGUCGUCACUUCUGCAGGAACUGCGCGAACGCGAGGAGAGAAAUAUGAAUCAACUGUUGCGACAACAGCAGGACAUCGAUUACGAGCAGUCGCUGGCUGUGGAUCGCGAACGCGAGCGCCUCCGACUCGAAGAGAAGGCCCGACUCGACGCCGAGGAGGAGGCCAAGAGACGGGUGGAACUCGAGGCCAGCGAACGGCUCGAACGUAUGCUCCGAUUGCGGGAGUAUUUAGUCGGCGAAUUGCCGGCCGAACCCGAGCCCAACGAUCCGAAUGCAACUCAUAUUGUGAUUAAACUACCGAAUGGGCCGCGACUGGAGCGACGGUUCCUUAAGACUGAAUGCAUUAAAUAUUUAUAUUAUUUUGUGUAUUGUAAUAAAGACGCUCCGCUGAAGUUCGCCAUACGAACCAAUUUCCCGGCCACUAAUAUCCCGGGCCACUCGCCCCGACUCGAGGACUUCACGUUCGCCGACGACCACAACCGCACGAUCACUAGUGUUAAGACUGACGCUCCGGAGCCGACACUACUCGACGCUAAGCUCGGGAGCAGAGAAUUGCUUUUAGUUCAAGACUUAGACGCCUAA